AUGCCUUUUUUUCUGAUCAUACUGCUAUACAAUAUUGUAGGUCAUUUAUCUCUUCGAGUUACUGUAUAUAAAGAAGUAGACAGCUCAAAAUUAAUAGUUAAUGAAAAUUUUAAAGUAUUCAAAACCCUAUUUAGCUGUAUCAUCAACAAGAUUAGUGUGUGCUUAUAUGCUUCUAAUGUAGCCGGGAAGAAUAUAAACAUAUUUAGCAAGCCCCCAAAGUCAUCUUCUCAUAUGUUUAGUAGCAACCAAGGUAGCGAUGGCAGCUAUUCGGUUAGUGACAAAAGGAACAUCAUGGAAGAUAUGUUGGAAGUGAGCGUCCCAAAUGGCCCCUAUUGUGCAUUCCAGAAUACUAUAGGCGGACAGGGUCAAUUAUAUAUUCCGCUGUACCAGCUUUUUAUGUUCUAUAGCUUCAAGACCCAAACUUUAUAUCCUUUGUUUCAAUUUUUACCUUCUCUCCUUAGUUCACUACAUAUUUCUCUCAAAAUACUUCAAUUUGUGGAUAGUCUCUCUAUUUCCUUUCAUGCCUUUGUGACUCAUUCUUGGCUAUCUCAAAGGAGCUCGGCUGUUCCAUUGCCUGCCACGAUGAUGUGCAGUAGCUCUGAAGCUGGCCCAUCUACACUUUUGUCUGUUAUAUCCCAUAACUUUUAUUCACAAAAACCUAAAGACAUUUAG